GUCGUCGUCGUCGCUGGCGACGCGGCGCGGCGCGGCGCAGAGCAGCGCGACGCCUCCCUCCGCCGCCGCCGCCGCGCAGCGCCUCCUCCCUCGCCAUCGAGCCUCCCACACAACGCAUACAAGCUUAGCUCCCGAGGAGGCCUCACCGACCAAGCGGCGUCAGCUCGCGCCGCGUCCGUCGCGGGUGAGUCUCGGCGUCAGCUCGCGCCGCGUCUGUCGCGGGUCCUCGGCGCCGGCCCUCGCCUCCUCUUCAGGGCGGCCGCGUUCGCCUCCCUCAGCUGCUUCUGCCUCUGCUCCGCCUCCUCUCCCGCCGUGCGGCCCCGCGCGCCGCGGUCUCCGACGCCAGCUCGCCCCCCCGUUCUCUGCUCGCCAACGGCGCGGCGGCGUCCUGAUACAGACCUUGCUGGGGCCCUGGUCGUUGCUACAUCGGAACCAACCUGCGGCUUGCUUUGAGCACUUCUUCGUCGAUUAUCACUGAGUGCUGCCCCUUAUCGGAAAAGUUCAUUGUUCACCAUCAUCUGAUCAUCAAGCUUCACUGGUAUGCUCCUAGAACCUACAUCUCAGACCCUAUUAAUCUAUCUAUGGCGCGUUCCGAAACAAUGUCCUGGAAAUGUAUGAUUAUUGAUUACUCUGAUAGUGCAGGGUUUAAGUGGAUUCACUAUUAUUGAUUUUGCCUAUGUAGGGAUGCAGGAUUAUAUAAGUGGAUACACUUGAACCCUUGCACUUAUACAUCCCAGACCUGGCGUAUUGAUCUAUCUAUGAUUCACUAUUUGACUAUUUGUUGGAAUGCUUUUUUUAGGGAGAGAAAGGUGGGGGUGGUGAACUGGUGAUGAUAAAGUUGUAGAAAUGUUUGUUCUAGGAUUGCUUGCAUUUUAUCUGUAGUAAGAUAGUGUAUGUGGUAGGGAUCACAGUGAAAUCUCGAUGACACACAAGGGAUUGGACAAAAUUGGAGGGCAUGGAAGGGAUUGAGUCAGUUUUGAGGUGCAUACAGGGAAUUUACUCCUAGUUAUAUGUUGUACUGUUACAGGCCUUACUGGGGCCAGCGCGGCUGCUUCCGUGCCGUGGUUGUUGCUUCAUACGGACCAACCUGCAGGUGCUUUGAUUUUCGCUGUGUCAAUCAGAAGAAGGAUCUCCACCAGAUGGCUGCACCAACCAUUUUCUCAAAUCCGUUAGAGAAAUGGAUUUUCCACAAAACCAAGGAGUCAGUUUUCUUGGUGGACUUUGUGCCCAAAAAGGAUGCUGAUGGAAAGAUAGAAGAAAUUCUUAAUCGAUUGGAAACUGUACCGGAGGACAAGAGACAGAAACUAACUUUCGAGGAUAGAUGUUGCACGGGUUUUGUGGUAGAUGACAAGUCUCAGGAACUUAAGAUAUUAUGCUCUGCCCAUUGCCUUGACCAUCUUUUUACUUCAGAAAAUCCAAUAUCAGCUCAAGAGAUAGGUGAUUUAUAUGACAUUAAUAUCAUCUGUGAUCACUAUGAAUGUAGUUUCCGCAAAGACAAGACACCGGACAAGAUAAGAUACUACUCGAGGGCAAACAUUGUUCAGAUUGACUGUGACAAAGACUUAAUCCUUCUAAAUGUAAGCAAAAAGAAUGUGCUUGCAUAUGGGAAGAAUGGACGGGCUUGCCGGCAUUCUCAUCCUGCGUUGGUUCCUAGUAAGAGACAUCUAGAGCCAAUGGAGAAGGUUCUUAUGGUUUCUUGGCCACCAUUUAGGCCCAGGACAGUAGCAUCGGGCAAGGUUUCUCAUUGUGACCGGGAGUACGCUGACACAAGUAAAACAAACCUGGUCGGGUACACUAUGACACUGGUUGAAGUGAAUAUACAGAGUGAACCUGGGGGCUCAGGUGCUCCUUUGCUUGAUGCUGAUGCAAAUUUCACUGGGGUACUGCAUGGAGGGGCAGAUGGCUGUUCUUGGUUUAUAUCAUUACCCGACAUCUGCCAGGCUUUAACUUCUUGGGGUAUCCUUACUCAGUAGUGCUCCCUGCCAUCCUUGCAAGUAGUUCCAAUCAAAGAAUUUCAUUUGUAGCGUUGGGCCACCUGGAGUCAUGGAUCAGUUUUCUUGCCUAACAUUCUCUUGAUUUUGGGCCACUGAAUGAUGCAAGGAAAAAACAUCAGAAAUCAUCUGUGGUUACAAGUACUGGGAAGAAUAGCAAGAAAAAAUACAGUUCAUCUUGUAGGACAGACUUUUACUGCAAUGAAUUUAUGUGGAAGAGGCAUUAAUUUCUGAGAUCUUUUAUUUUGCUGAA